CGGAAAUUAGCUUCCUUCCGCAAUUCAUCUUAAGCGUGCAUAUCUCAAGUUAGAGUCACGGGACUAUUGCUAACCUGUUUCUCGGAACUAAUGUCCUGUCUAUCGUAAGUGCGGUUAAUAUCUUAGUUGUUUUAUUCUUGGAAUACUGUGGUCUCCUGUAACAGGCACGCUUCUUUCAGCAGAGAAUAGUAUGAUUGUUAUAGAGCACUGAAUUUAAACAUCCAAAUGUCCAACGACAUGAUUCAACGUUUUGGAAUGCUAUCCCUGUUGUUGGUAUUGUACACUAGUUGUGUACAUUGUGAAACCUUCAAAAAUGCAGACACGUGUCUUCAGAAACUAUGCAGAUGCUUUCCUUCCUCGAAGUUAGUUAACUGCACUGGACGUGACAUGCAGUAUAUUCCAGUUUUACCAACAUACGCAAAAACUGUUUUAUUUACAAAGACAAACUUUUCGAAUAUAACGGGAAAGUUUUUGUCCAAUCUUACUUUGAUUCCUGUGGAAAGAUUACAUUUCAUAGACACUUUGACCAAACUCAUUGACCCGGAUUCAUUUGUCAAUCUUACAAAAAUAUCUACUUUGGAGAUCAGCAGAAAUUAUGAAUUACCGCAAGAUCUUAUAUCUCCCAUUCUAGCAUACACACUUCAGAUACGAACUGUUAAACUGACAUCAAAUCAAUGGACGACCGUUCCGGAAGACAUGUUUUCGGGAUUACACAAUUCUUCAAUCAGCGCAAUUUCUCUCAAUAAUAAUUGGAUCGUGAAUAUAAGUGGAACACAUUUUUCUGGUUUGCGUUUUCUGCAAAAUUUGGAUUUAUCUAACAAUUUUCUUUCGCAGAUAAAUUUUACAGGAUUCGAAUCUACUUCAAUCUCCACAAUGAACCUUGCCAACAAUCACUUUACUAAAGUACCAUCUUUCUGUGGCCCAACUGCACAGUUGACAGGGAAGUACAAAACUCUAAAAUUACAGCAAAAUUAUAUUCAUGAUCUUGACGGGUCUUCUUUUCAAUGUUUGCAGUUUUUACAUAAUCUUUUUCUUGAUAAGAACUCUGUAAGCUUCAUACGAAGCAACACAUUUGCACAAUUACCAAAACUGGAAAAACUAUCAAUGACGUUUAUCGGCGAUCAUUUAGAAACCAUUGAGGGGUAUGCAUUCAACUCUUCAAGUCUUAAAUAUUUGAACAUUGGAAAUAAUCGAUAUAAAUUUGAUAAACGGCCUUGGUUGUAUAGGACAGUGUUCGCUUCCCUACCAAACCUCCUGUCGCUUGAGCUUACCGGCAACUUCCUUCCGUCAGAGUCGAAAGCUCUAGGGGAAUUGUUUACGAAUUUAAAUAAAUUAGAAAAGCUUAUUUUGGAGAAUACAGCACUAAAAGGACUCCCACGCAACGUCUUCCAAAAUAUUCCUAAUUUAGAAUCUUUGAUACUAAUUGGGAACUACAUAAGCGGCUGGGACGACGACCCGGAAGUGUUUGGCAAUGUAACGUCACUGCGAAGCCUGUACCUUGACGGAAAUAACAUAAAACUUGUGAAUAAAACGUCUUUCCCAGAGCAUUUCCUAAACUCACUUGACAAAUUAUGUCUAACUAAUAACCCAUACACGUGCACGUGUGAUCUCAAAUGGUUCCUAGACUGGAUAAAAUCUACCAAGCAUACCAUCAUUGUUAACUACCCUCGGAGAUAUGCGUGCAGAUAUCCUCCAGAAAUGAAUAACGUGUUGUUGAAAAACUACAACCCUACUACGAAAAUAUGUUCACAUAUCGAUUAUCCUUUAAUAAGAAACAUAUGUAUCGCCGUUUUUGUACCCUCAAUUAUUAUUCUUAUCGUUGUAUCGGUGGGAUAUAAAUUUCGGUUCCGGUUGAGUUACUGGCUGCACAUACUAGGAAUAAAGAGAGUGGGAUAUAAAAGAAUCGAGAGUGAUACUGAUUAUCGUUACGACGCUUUCGUUAUCUACUCCAUUGUCAACAGGGACUUUGUGUUCAAUCACAUGAUCCCAGAAUAAGAAGACAAAGCUGGAUGUAGACUAUGCAUACAUGAAAGAGACUUUGAGGUAGGCAGGUUCAUUCUGGACAACAUCACGAAUCAUUUUGAACA